UGUCUUUUGUGCGUAGCAGCUUAGAUAUAGACUUUAGUUGGUUUUUCCCAGUUGGUCGAAACCCUCUUCCCAUACACACACACACACAAAAAAAAAAAAAAGAGUAGUGAAGAAGAAGAAGAAGAUGACGAUGAUAAGUUGGUUGGAAGGGUGUCCAUGGUGGAAGAUGCAGAGGUUAGGAUGGUGUGUGUGGAUGGUGGUGGUGGCGGCGGUGGUGGUCAGAGCCCAGGGCCAAACCCAACCCUCUACUCAUCCCGACGAAGCGAGGGCGUUGAAUUCGAUAUUUGGGGCGUGGAAGAUAAAGGCUACCAAUGCAUGGAACAUCAGCGGCGAACUCUGCAGCGGUGCCGCCGUCGACGACAGCGUCGCCAUCGACAUCUCCGCUUUCAACCCUUUCAUCAAAUGCGACUGUUCCUUCCUCAACUCCACCCUCUGCCGCAUCACCGCUCUGAAGGUUCGUGGGAUGGAUGUUGCUGGACCAAUUCCUGAAGAGCUGUGGACUUUGGUUUACAUCUCAAAUCUCAACCUAUUCCAGAACCGGCUUACAGGUUCCCUGUCUCCUGGCAUUGGAAAUUUGACUCGCAUGCAAUGGCUGACUUUCGGGGCCAAUGCCAUGUCAGGACCCGUUCCUAAAGAAAUUGGCCUGCUUAGCGAUUUAAGAUCUCUUGCUCUUGAUAUGAACAAUUUCUCUGGCUCUCUACCACCCGAGAUUGGGCAAUGUACAAGGCUACAGAAAAUUUACUUAGCAAGUUCGGGACUUAGCGGUGAAAUUCCUUCCACAUUUGCUAACCUUGUCGAGCUGGAAGAAGCUUGGAUGACGGAUAUCCAGCUUACGGGUCGUUUACCAGACUUUAUAGGGAAUUGGACCAAGCUUACUACGUUGAGGAUUCUAGGGAGUGGUUUGAAUGGUCCAAUACCAUCAUCAUUUGCCAAUUUAACUUCUUUGACAGAAUUGAGACUAGGUGAGAUAUCCAAUAGCAACUCUUCUCUUGAAUUCAUCAGGAACAUGAAAUCUCUAAGUGUCUUAGUAUUGAGGAACAAUAAUCUCACAGGCGUAAUCCCAUCUGAUAUUGGAGAAUACUUGACUUUGCAGCAACUUGAUUUGAGCUUCAACAGCCUAACAGGGCCGAUUCCAGCUUCCCUUUUCAGCUUAAGUCAACUUACUCACUUGUUUCUCGGAAACAACAAGUUGAGUGGCACUUUGCCCAAUCAGAAGAGUCAAUCUCUUAUCAAUAUAGAUGUCUCGUACAAUGAUUUAGAAGGAAGUCUUCCAUCUUGGGUUAGCCAACCCAACUCGCAACUUAACCUAAUAGCCAACAACUUCACCUUACGAGGUUCUAGCAGAAGAGUUCUGCCGGGACUGAACUGCCUCCAAAAGGACUUCCCCUGCAAUAGAGGCAAAGGAAUCUAUUUCAACUUUUCAAUCAAAUGUGGAGGCCCGCAGAUGAGGUCUGCAAGUGGUGUUUUGUAUGAGAGGGAGGAUGAGGUGCUUGGACCAACUUCGUUUUUUGUUAGUAAAACACAGAGAUGGGCAGCCAGCAAUGUGGGACUGUUUACUGGGAGUAACAGUAAUCAAUACAUAGCUUUUUCACAAGCCCAGUUCACCAACACUUUGGAUUCAGAGCUUUUUCAGACAGCCAGACUCUCUGCUUCCUCUCUAAGGUAUUAUGGGUUGGGGCUGGAAAAUGGAGGCUACACUGUGAUGCUUCAGUUUGCUGAAAUUCAGAUACAAGGUUCUAACACCUGGAGAGGUCUUGGAAGGCGAUUUUUUGACAUCUAUAUUCAGGGAAGACUUGUUGAAAAGGAUUUUGAUGUACAUAGAACAGCCAAUGGUUCUAAUACCCGAGCAGCCCAGAGUGUAUAUAAAGCAAAGGUAUCGGAGAAUUACCUCGAAAUCCAUCUUUUCUGGGCUGGAAAAGGGACAUGUUGUAUUCCAGCUCAAGGGACUUAUGGGCCAAUCGUCUCAGCCAUCACUGCAACACCAGAUUUCAUACCGACUGUCAGUAAUACGACGCCAUCAGAGGACAAUAACAGAACUGGCACCAUUGUGGGUUCUGUUGUUGGAGUUGGAAUCGCAAUUUUCUUGACAAUUGUGUUCGUCUUCAUCAUCAGAAGGAGAAGAAAGCAGUACAGAGAUGAAGAAGUGUUACUUGGAAUGGACAUAAGACCAUAUACUUUUAGUUAUUGGGCACUCAGAAGUGCAACUCAAGAUUUCAACCCCUCGAACAAGCUCGGAGAGGGAGGUUUUGGGUCUGUUUAUAAGGGGAAACUCAGUGAUGGAAGGGAGGUAGCCGUGAAACAAUUGUCAGUUGGAUCAUGGCAAGGCAAGAGCCAAUUUUUUGCAGAGAUUGGCACUAUAUCGACUGUUCAGCAUCGCAACCUUGUAAAGCUGUAUGGAUGUUGCAUCGAGGGAGAUCAUCGUUUGCUCGUGUAUGAGUACCUCCCGAACAAAAGUCUCGAUCAUGUACUAUUUGGUAUGCAUAGAAACGCCAUUGAUAUACCGUCACCUUUUCUGCACAAAAGUAAGAACACUCAUCAUGCACUUGUGAUUGGCUUGUUGGAUGUUGCAGGGGAGAAAACUUUAUAUCUUGAUUGGGCAACCCGUUUUGAGAUAUGCUUGGGAGUAGCCAGAGGGUUAGCUUAUCUGCAUGAAGAGUCGAGGCCGCGUAUAGUGCAUAGAGAUGUGAAAGCCAGCAAUAUUCUGCUUGACUCAAAUUUGGUCCCAAAAAUUUCUGAUUUUGGGUUGGCGAAACUAUACGAUGAUAAGAAGACACAUUUAAGUACCAAAGUUGCAGGGACGAUUGGAUAUCUGUCACCAGAGUAUGUGAUGCUUGGGCACCUAACAGAGAAAACGGAUGUGUUUGCAUUUGGAGUUGUGGCUCUAGAAAUUGUAAGUGGAAGGCCCAACUUCUGUGGGGAAAUAGAUGAUGAAAGGAAAUAUCUUCUGGAAUGGGCAUGGAACCUACACGAAAGGAAGAGUGCAGGGGAGAUAGUCGAUAGAAGACUAAAAGAAUGGGAGGAAGAAGAGGUGGAACGAGUGAUAGGAGUAGCUCUGCUGUGCACUCAGACAUCUCAUGCCUUAAGACCAACAAUGUCAAGAGUGGUGGCCAUGUUGUCCGGAGAUGUCAAGGUUAGUGCUGUGAAUUCCAAACCAGACUAUUUGAACGCUACAAUGUUUGAGAAUAUGGAGAGCAGCAGCACAACUGGAUGUUCUGUGGGAAGCUGGGCAUUGCCUGUCACUCCUACUAAGCCGGAAGAAAAAGUUUAAAGUUCAGCUCAAUUUGUUGUGUGCAUAUAUUUUGAUCGGCUUGGCUACAAUGAAUAAAUGUAUGAAUGGUGGGGCUGUUUUUUUUUUGGUUUUUGUUUUUGUGGCAAUGUUGCAAGGUAACCUAAGCAUGUAUGACUUCGAGCUUCGAGCUCCUUGGUCAUCGGUAUGUCUGUUCGCUGGUUAUGCGUUCAAUUAAACUUUCGAAAAAGUAAGAUGCUUGCCUUU